AUGGCGCUCUUCAUUCAGCUGUUACUGCUGUCAUUAGACUCGACUCACACACCUCUCUCCUCUGCACCACUCAAGACUCGUCUGCGCGCUUUACAACAUCUAAUCCGCUGUUCAGAGAAGAGGGAGCAAUGACUGGCCAUCACUGGGGAUAUGGGGAGUACAACGGUCCAUCAGAAUGGCACAAAGACUAUCCCAUUGCUGAGGGUAACCGCCAGUCACCUAUUGAUAUAGUCCCUUCAGAAGCUGUAUUUGAUGCCAGACUGUCUCCUAUCUCGCUGUCUUACAACAACUGCACCUCUGUCAGCAUAUCAAACAAUGGCCAUUCUGUGGUAGUGGAGUUCACUGACUCAGAUGAGAGAUCAGUGAUCCGGGGAGGUCCUCUGGAAAACACGUACAGACUUAAACAGUUUCACUUCCACUGGGGAGGCAAGGGUUGCCGUGGCUCUGAGCACACGGUUGGUGGGAAAACCUACGCUUCUGAGCUUCAUCUGGUUCAUUGGAAUGCUAUAAAGUACAAGUCCUUUGGUGAGGCAGCAGCAGCACCUGAUGGCCUGGCUGUCCUUGGCAUCUUUCUGGAAGUUAGUUUUAGUAUAGGUGAUGAGCACAGAGCUCUUCAUCAGAUAACAGAUGCCUUGUAUAUGGUUAAAUUCAAGGGAAGUGUUACUGAUUUUAAGGGCUUUAACCCAAAGUGCCUCCUGCCGAACAGUCUGGAGUACUGGACGUACCCAGGCUCUCUCACAACUCCUCCACUGUAUGAGAGCGUCACAUGGAUUGUGCUGAAAGAACCGAUUUAUGUUUCUGAGAAGCAGAUGGGAAAGUUCCGGACACUGCUGUUUAACGAAGAGGAAGAAGACGACCGAAUGCGCAUGGAGAACAACUUCCGACCGCCACAGCCGCUGAAAGGCAGGACAGUGCGGGCCUCUUUUAAGUAGCCUGGACCACCAAUUGUGAUCAGCUAUAUUUCAAGACUUCUCUAGAAUCACCUCUGAUGUUGAAACGUGAAUUAUAAGGGUGUGGGGUUUAUUCAGUCAUGUCACUCUCUGUCUGCUGCUUAAAGGUUUUGGCCAGUGACCUCAAACACAGUUUGACUUUGACAUUGAUCUCUUUGAAUCCAAGGCUCUACAUUUUUAGAUCCCUUCUCAUCCAUCUUGAUCAGGCUUGUGCAAACAGAUCCUUGUUGCAGGUGUUGAGAUAUUUGUGCUUUCAAACAGUCGGGUCUGAUAAGCUUGCUGUCGUCUGCUUUCUCACUGCUAUAGGAAAGGGUCCGUAAUCCAGGACCUGUUAGGGGCCACCAGAGGCUCUUGUUAACUAUUGAUAUAGGUCAUGUGUGGUGUUAUUUAAGCUGUUCAUAGUAAGGCUCAUGGUGCUUUCAGGAACACAGAACUGGUGGUGGCAGGAUGGCACUCCAUUUUCACUGAAAGUUGCAUGAAUAGAUGAAAAUGGCUCAGUCAUGUAAGUAGAUAGCAUUUCUGUUUACCUGAUUGUUGUGAGUCCAUGAAGUAAGUUUUUACAGACUCUAUCAAGACUGCACUGCAGUCACUGUAGUAAAUGUUCCUGUGCUGUCAGUGAAGCCUUAUAAAUGCUCUUACAGUUACAGGAGGGUGAUGUUUGGGGGUUGAAAUGACUGAUGCAUUACACUGCUCACACUUUAAAAAACAGUUCCUAUUAUUAAUGUAAUUCCUAAUGGAAUCCCUGGCAUGACUGUAGGAGUGUUAGGGAAGAUCUCUAACAGGUCAGAGCUGUAUUAAGACUCGACUCCUGGACUACAUCCAGAUGAAACGGCAAGGAUUUUCUUUUGGGUGUUUGGUGGCUGGCAUGGUUUCAUAAAUAUUUUAUAUUGUAUUUAGUUUUUGUUUAGUAUGUACAAAAUAAAAUUGUUUUAAUAA